GGAUCGGUGGAAGGUGUUGUUCCGCCUUUCGGCUUCGUGUUCUGGAGUAACGUCUCAGGUCUUCAUGUUUCUACGGAUGCAGAAUAAGAUUUUUAUGGUCCCAUUUACUAGUUAGGAGCGUUUGGAUGCUCACCAGUAUGCAGUGCUUUCUCAUCAGUCAAGAUAAGCGACAUGAUCCAGUUCUUCUGCCUGAUGGUGUGACUGUAGUUCUAGGCAGGGGUCCAGAAACCCUUGUCACUGAUAAGAAAUGUUCCCGAACUCAAGUGGAAUUGCUGGCAAAUUAUGCCUACCGGUCAGUUCGAGUCACACAGCGAGGUAUAAAUCCCACUUCUGUGGAAGAGAUACACCUGCAUUGUGGAGACAGCACAACGCUCCAAGAAGGAGAGACUCUGCGCCUGGUAAACGGACUGUAUCCUUAUUGCAUCCGCUUUGAGCAAGAUGACAACUCUGCAAAGAAGAACCCACUGGAAUUCUUCUGCAGCAAGCAGAAUCAGCAGAAGGCAGAAGAAGAUGGCAAGGCCCCUACAGUCAAACGUCUCAAGGUUUCCUGUCCUUCUGAAGAAGAGGAUGAUGACGACUCAUUUAUAACUGAGAAACUGAAGCAGUUGCAAGAGACAGCAGCACAGGCACAGGCACACUCUUCUCAGAAGCCUGUUUCAAAACUGGCCCCCCACCCGUCUGAUUCCUGGGAGGACCAUGGCAAGCUAUUGGUCUUCACCAAAAAAGGAAUAGUAUCGAGUACUAAAGUGGCAGGGUUUGACCUGGAUGGAACUCUUAUCACAACAAAAUCUGGAAAAGUGUUUCCUAUAAGUCCUGAUGAUUGGAGGAUCCUGUACCCUGAAGUACCUCACAAGCUGAAGCAACUUCAGAGUGAAGGAUACAAGCUUGUGAUCUUUACCAAUCAACUGGGCAUUGGCCGUGGGCGUCUUAGGCCUGAAAUUUUCAAAGCUAAAGUGGAAGCUGUGAUUGAGCGAUUGGGUGUCUCGUUGCAGGUCUUUGUGGCAACUCAUUCAGGAAUGUACCGCAAACCUGUCCUUGGCAUGUGGGAUUAUCUGUGCAAAAAGGCAAAUGGUGGCUUAGAAGUGUCUUUGCAAGAAAGUGUCUAUGUAGGAGAUGCUGCUGGACGUCCAGCAAACUGGGCCCCUGGACAGAAGAAGAAAGAUUUUUCUUGCAGUGACCGUCUGUUUGCUUUGAAUGCUGGCCUUCCCUUCUACACUCCUGAAGAAUAUUUCCUGGGUUGGAAACAGGCACCGUUUGCACUCCCCGACUUUGAUCCUCGAGCAUUGGACCCUAAAGCUGAACUGUAUGAUCCACCCAAUGCCUCCUUGAUCUCAUCCUCCUCAGAGCUGGUUAUAGCUGUUGGCUUCCCUGCUGCUGGCAAAUCAACUUUUUUGAAGAGACAUUUAGUCUCAGUUGGAUAUGCGUAUGUCAACCAGGACACCCUUGGUUCAUGGAAGAAAUGUGUGGCAUUGUGUGAAACAUCAUUGCAAGCAGGAAAGAGUGUAGUAGUGGAUAAUACCAACCCAGAACUGGAAUCGAGACGCAGGUACACUGAAUGUGCUAAGAAGGCCAGCGUUCCCUGCCGCUGCUUUCUUUUUACUGCCUCACUGGAACAAGCCAAGCAUAACAACAGACUCCACCACUUGGAUAUCCAUCAGAUACUGAAUAGCCUUGUGCAUGAGCUUACGUUUUACCUGGUUCCUAGAGGAAGAAAAGAGAUGGAAUCUAUUCGGAGGAUGGGAGCGGAACUCUAACCUCAACCAAACCUAACAGUCUGAAGGACCCAGGAUCAGUGGUGGUGCAGUUCCAGGGAUCUGAAAACAAGGUAAGGCAGCCGCCAUUCGGGUGAUCUGAUCCAAAUCACUUGUUUCUGUGAUAGGGACGGCCACCCGCCCCCUCGAAAGCAAUUUACUGGGCUGCUAGUACCUGUCCCUGUCCCUAGAGUAUUGUCUGUCCUCUUGCCUUGAGUAUCUGGGGAAGAAUAUCUCUGUUGUUGGAAGUGUUGGCCAGGAAGCCGGUAUGGAGGCCUCCUUGGAUAAGGGGCUGGACACUGAUCAGAGAGCUUGGCCAUGGAAGGGAGGAUCCUGCACUUAUUUUUAUCUUCCACUAGAAUAGGAUCAAGGUAAGCACCAAUUUGUCUCCGGCAUACUCAGCUGCUGCCAGGUUC